UUUUUUUAGAUAGAUACUGUACACUGUACAGUACGAGUGAGUGUAAUGUAAGACUAGCCUAGGACUGAAACUUUAUGAUUGGUGAUAGUAAAGUAGAUAGUGCAAUCUAAACGUCUGCAUUCUUCUAAAUCGCUUGAGUUGUGUUGGACUGUUAGUUGAGACUGCCCCUUGCAAGAUGGCAAACAAUGGUUCAUACAGCAAUGACCGCUCUUCUGCGAGUGCAGAUAUUGACUAUGCAACAGAUCCAGCAUCUGGAAGUUUUUUCAAUUCGGAUUACAAAAAGCAUGAAGAUUUGAAGCAGAUGCUUGAUGUUAACAAAGAUAGUUUGAAACUGGAGGCUAUGAAGCGGAUUAUUGGGAUGGUCGCAAAGGGAAGAGAUGCGUCAGACCUAUUCCCAGCUGUAGUCAAGAAUGUGGUCUCCAAGAACAUAGAGGUGAAGAAAUUAGUGUAUGUGUACUUGGUACGUUACGCUGAGGAACAGCAAGACUUGGCGCUCCUGUCCAUCUCUACAUUCCAGCGAGCACUCAAGGACCCUAAUCAGCUGAUAAGAGCGAGUGCUUUGAGAGUGUUGUCCAGCAUCAGAGUGCCAGUGAUUGUGCCCAUCGUGAUGUUGGCGAUUAAAGACUCUGCAUCUGACAUGUCUCCUUACGUCCGCAAGACUGCCGCACAUGCCAUUCCUAAAUUAUACAGUCUCGAUCCUGACCAGAAGGAAGAGCUGAUUCUUGUGAUCGAGAAAUUACUUUCUGAUCGCACGACGCUUGUCGUUGGCUCAGCAGUAAUGGCAUUUGAGGAGGUAUGUCCGGAGAGAAUUGACCUGAUCCACCGCAACUUCCGGAAGCUUUGUAACCUCUUGGUGGAUGUGGAUGAAUGGGGACAAGUCAUCAUCAUCAACAUGCUGACUCGCUAUGCUCGAACACAGUUCACUGAUCCAAACUUAGAUGAUGCUGGAUUGGAUUCAGACGACAACCAGUUGCCGUUUUAUGAGGAGGACGAGCCAGAAAGUGACAAAAACAAGAAACCCGCCCCCAGCUUGGAUCCGGACCAUAAGUUGUUGUUGCGCAAUGCCAAACCUCUACUGCAGAGUAGAAAUGCUUCUGUGGUGAUGUCUGUAGCCCAACUCUACCACCAUCUGGCCCCUCGCAGUGAAGUUUCUGUUGUCGCCAAGUCUCUCAUCCGACUGUUGCGGUCCCACAGGGAGGUGCAGUCGGUGGUACUCAACUGUAUCGCCUCCAUAUCCACUAUUAGGAAGAGCAUGUUCGAGCCAUUCUUGAAGAGCUUCUUCGUGCGAACUAGUGACCCAACACACAUCAAACUGUUGAAACUAGAGAUUCUAACUAAUCUUGCCACGGAGUCAAGCAUCUCCUUCAUCCUGCGGGAAUUCCAGACCUACAUUUCCAACCCGGACAAGGAGUUUGUGGCAGCAACCAUCCAGGCUAUUGGCAGAUGUGCCUCCAAUAUCAAGGAGGUUACUGACAGUUGUCUAAGUGGCCUUGUUUCUAUGCUGUCUAACAGAGAUGAGGCGGUUGUGGCGGAGAGUGUCGUCGUGAUCAAGAAGCUGUUGCAGUCUCAACCAUCACAGCACAAGGACAUCAUUACACAGAUGUCAAACUUGGUGGACACGAUAACGGUGCCGCAGGCGAGAGCUUCCAUCCUCUGGCUUCUGGGGGAGUACAGUCGGCUGGUGCCACACAUAGCCCCUGAUGUGUUGCGCAAGAUGGCCAAGACUUUCAUUCAUGAGGAGGACAUAGUGAAGCUCCAGGUUUUAAACCUUGCUGUGAAGCUUUACCUGACGAACCCGGACCAGACAAAACUGCUGUGUCAGUACGUGUUCAGCCUGGCACGUUACGACCAGAACUAUGACAUACGUGACCGUUCACGCUUUCUACGUCAGUUUGUGCAUACCGACAACCCGUUUGCACAACAUGCUCACCAGAUCUUCCUCGCAACCAAGCCGGCACCCCAGCUCAAUUCCAAGUUCAAAGACCAAGAACAACUGCAGUUGGGUUCUCUCUCACACUAUAUAAACACGCGAGCGGCAGGCUACCAUGACUUGCCUCAGUUCCCUGAGACCGCCCCGAGUGUUGGGGAGCGCAACGUGGUGGAUCCAACUCCAGCUGCCACCACCAACACAGAGCAGGCACAGGACAACUCCUUCUUCACCAACAAAUCCGCCCAGAAGCCCACCAAGAAGAAGAAGUCCUUCUAUUCUGAGUCGGACAGUUCACCACCUGAUGAAUCCGAAGGAUCAGGAGGAAGCUCUGAAGGGGAAGAGGAAGAAGGAGAAGAAGAGUCAGGAGAUGAAGAGGAUUCCUCAGAAAGUGAGAGCGAGUCAGAGAGUGAAUCGGCCAGUGAAGAUGCAACUAAGAAGCCCAAUACAGUCCAAGCCAAUACCAAGGAAAGUGAGAGUGAGAGUGAAGACUCAUCUGAGGAAGAGAGUGAUGAUGACAGUUCCUCCGGUACUCCGGUCGCUGUCACUCCUGUCAAGAAGAAACAACAGCCAGCUGUCACCCCUCAGGCCACUCCCAAGUCCAACCUGGAUCUGCUGUUAGACUUCAGUGAAGAUGCUCCAACCAUGACUCCUCUAAUGACACCUUCUCUGGGAGGUUUCCUGACACCCCUUGUUGCCACUCCUACGUCUCAGAACGUUGCAGCCUCGUCCAUUCAGCUGGCAAGUGCAGCUUACAUUCCUGCCAAGAGUGUUGAGGUACUGAACAAAGUGUCUGGUGGUGGACUGAGUGUGAGCUCUCGAUUCACCCGGGCCCCCCACCUGUACUCCCCCGCCAUGGCGACCCUCCAGCUGACUUUCACCAACCACACAGCAGGGCCCCUUACUGACAUCAGGGUCACUGACAAGGUUGUCAGUGGGGGAAUGGAGGUCCAUGAUUUUGCACCAAUCGCGAGCCUGGAGCCCAACACGUCGACACAGGGAACUCUGGGUGUGGCAUGGAAUGACUCGACACAACCGAUAACAUUGGAGGUGGGCUGGGGGCAAGGGAGGGCUAAGCUGAGUCUGAGGGCUCCGGUGGGGGAGUUGGUCCGACCGGUCACAAUGCCUGUCAACCUCUUCCACACUGAGCAAGGGAAACUGAGGGGUAUGAACGAGCACCAAGACAAAGUAGACUGGUCUGGUGACACAGCAGCUGUCUGUCAGAGAGUAUUGCAGGCCGCCAAUGUGGGAUCCAUCGUAACCGUUGAGCCUGGCAUUCUCAGGUUUGCUGGCCAAACACUCGCUUCCAAAUCACUAGUGCUUGUCACUUGCAAGACUAUUGAAGACUCAAAAUCCGUGGAAGUGACGGUGAAUUGUGAGAAGAUGGUCAUCGGAUCAAUGCUUUUGAAUGCAAUCAAAAAGAGCCUUCUCAAUCCAGAUUCCUAAAUAUAAAUAAUACUGUCAUUAUAUUACAUUAAACUAUUAUUAAUUAAU